AAUCGGAAGUGCCGCUUUUCUGCGAGCGGAGAGCGUUCCCUGAGGGAAGGCGAAGAAGCGGCCGAAGCGGAGACUCAUGGCCGGAGGAGCGAGGCCGAGUUCCCCGGGAGGAGGAGGCGGAGGACGGGAAGGAGAAUGAGUACCUGCUGCUGGUGCACCCCGGGGGGCACAGAGGCCGUCCAGCUCCUACGCCGCUACGCCUCGGCCUCCUCGGAGUUUGCGGCCGCCAACGAUGACCUCUGCUAUUGCCUGGAGUGUGUAGACGAGUACCACAAGGCCCGGGAGGCCCUCCCUGCCUUGCAUGAGGCCCUGUGGGAGCUGGAGACGGGCCGCCUGGUGGCCCACUUUGAGGCCUCGCUGAAGGACGAGGAGGGCGAUGACGACGACCUCUUCCUGGUGGAGGAGGACCGGGAGACCCCCUUGUGCGGAUACUCCGGGGCCGGAUUCGAGAAGCACCUCCGGGUUCCGCUGCUGGAGAUACUCAAGUAUCCCUACCUGCUCCUCCAUGAGCGUGUCAGCGAGCUGUGCGUGGAGGCCCUUUGCAAGAUGGAGCAGAUCCACUUCUCCUACCAGGUGGUGGGCAAGCACCCCGGGAUCUACCUGCUCAUGGUGCACCCCAACGAAGUGGUGCGUCGCUGGGCCAUCCUGACGGCCCGGAGCCUGGGCAAGGUGGACCGGGACGACUACUACGACAUCCAGGAGGUGCUGACCUGCCUCUUCAAGGUCAUUGAGCUGGGCCUCUUCGAGGAGCCAGGCCUCUUCCACUCGGCCGUCCUCGAGAAGGGCCGGCUCCUCCUCCUGCCCCCACACCUCUACGACACCGACAACUACAAGAACUACUGGCUGGGCAUCUGCAUGUUGCUGACGGUCCUGGAAGAGCAGGCGAUGGACUCCUUGCUUUUGGGGCCCGACAAGCAGAACGACUUCAUGCAGAGCAUCAUGAACGUCAUGGAGAAGGAGACCGACGGCGACGGCAACAACGACCCUUUCUGGCCCGUGCUCCACUGCUUCAUGGUGAUCUUGGACAAGCUGGGCUCCAAAGUCUGGGGGCAGCUCAUUGACCCCAUCCAGGCCUUCCAGACCAUCAUCAACAACGCCAGUUACAAGAAGGAGAUUGAGAGCAUCCGCCAGAGCUGCCGAACCAGGACUAAAUCGGAGCCGCCAUCGGACUAUGGAGACGAAUUGGUGACCUGCAGCCAGAUUGUGUACAAUUUCCACCCAGAAAGGCCCAGCAAAGAGGUGGGCCGCCGGACAGCCACAUGUCCUGACUACUGCCCCAACCUGUACGAAGACAUGCAGACGCUGACGGACAUGUUCCAGUACGAUGUUGGGCGGGACAUGCGCCUGCACAACAGCACCUUCCUGUGGUUCGUGCCCUUCGCCCACUCCCUGACGGACCUGAAGGACCUGGGCAUGGCCUACAGCGUGCAGGUCAUACACCAUCUUUGCUCGGAGGUCCGAGGUGUCUUAGGCGGAGAGGCAGCCACGUGCGACAAGGUCUCUGAGUUCUUCAUCUGGAUCCUGGUGUCGGUGGUGGAGCUCAACCUCAAGCGCAGCUGCCUGCACUUCCUGUGGGUCAGCUCCGAGAACUGGGUGGAGGCGGUGGUCAAGUGCGCCCGGCUGCCCAGGGCCGCGUUUUCCUCCCAUGGGAUAGACCGGGUGCCCUCUUGGGAGCCCGCCUCGGUGCAGCUGGCCUGCAUGAGCCUCAUCCGGAACAUCCUGAAGGAGGGCUUCCAGGUCGGGCAGGGCAACGCCCGCUUCCUGGACGAGCUCAACCUGCUGCGGCGCAACCGGGAGGAGUGGAAGCUGGGCCCCGCGCAGGCCAAGGAGCUGCAGGAGUGCCUCAAGCACAUCGUCCGGAGCCUCUGGCGGAGGUCCUCGAUGCGCCCCGCUCUCGCCCAGGAGCUCCUGCCGUCCCCGAAGGGCCGGGAAGACACCCUUCCUCCCGUCAACAUUAAGCAGGAACCCAGCGAGGGUUUGGCCCAAGGCGGCUCAAGCCCUGAGCGAACGGGGGGCCAGAGAAACACAAACCAGGGUGCGGUGGAUUCAGGGCCCAAAGGCUCUCGCCAAUUUGAAGAAAAAAGACCUGCACCCCCCACUGAGAAGAGUGGCAGCAAUGCCUCGGAGGGGAAGUCGGGCCCGGCGAGCAAAUCCAAGACGUCAGACCUGACGUUGAAAUUGAAGCGGUUGGUUGAUAACAAGAAUAGAAGGGACAGCGGUUUGGAGCGCGAGAAAGAUGGCUGCAAAAGUCCUCAAAUGACAAAGGAUGGCGUUAUCGGAAGUGGCCAGUCCGGCUCUGCCGCAGGCAUCAAACAAGAGCCGGAGGAGCGUCCGGUGGAGUUUCGAAGUGGCUCCGGAACGGAAGGGAGUUCCGAGGAGAGCAGCAGCGAGGACGAGACGGCCCACAUCCCCCUCUCGCAGCUCAGGGAGGAACUCAUGAGGAAGAGGGCGGAUCCGGCAACCGCCCGGUUGGACCGCGACCUCCGCCGGCUGACCCUGGCUGCCAAAGCCAAAGCCAACACCUCCUCUGCCGACUCCAGCCAGGAGGACAGCCCGUGCGGUCACGGUUGCGUCGAGAGGAAGAUCCGGGGCGCUACGAGGACCUGGCCCGGGAGCAGCAACGCGAAAAUGUCCCCGGCGAGCAUCAUCGUCAUUUCAGACACGUCUUCGGACGAAGAGGAAAACAAAGCCAAUGCAGCGGAGAGCGCGAGCCGGAAGGGAGAGCACCCGGCGACGUCGCCGGAUCCCCCCUCGCCCUGUGACAACACUGAAUCUCAGUGCUUUGAGUUCGAAACCGAGGACGAUAUUUACUCCGCUUGGCAAGACAGCCAGGCCUGUGACGAGGCAGCGGGGCCGCCGGUGAAGGGUUGUUGCUCGCCGGAGAUGUCCGAUACGGAGAAAGCCAGGCAGCUCAACGAGUGGGGCUACGACACAGACUACCUUGGGGAUGACAUCCUGGAAAAAGCAGCGGGUGAUACCGAGCGGCAGGAGAAGGCCAGGGAAGAAAGCACGGCUAACGAUAGGGAACGUUCCGGACAUAAGGAUCCAGGAACAUCGACAUCGUCAACAUUUAGAAAAUCUGUAGUUAGAACUGAGAACAGGAGGAGCCCUGGGCAAAGAGGCAUCCGCAGCGGCAAACCACCCCGCCUGAUGCCGGCCGUCGUCCCCCCGAAGAAGGUCCACACGUUUCCCAGCCCGACGCUGCUGACGGAGAAGCUGGGCCUGAGCAAACGGGUGCGCAGGGCGGCAGAGCUGUCGCAGCGCACGCAAGACAGCAUCACGAAGCUGCGCCAGUACGGGAAGGCGGCCGGGGAGCUCCCUGCUCAGCGCAAGGCGAAGCUGAUCCGGCCCCAGUUCCUGGCCGACCGGAACAAGAAGAUGCUCACCUGCCAGGACCGCUACCUGCUCAGCCACCGGAAGCAGAAGGAGCGGGAGGCAGCAGCCAGGAAGCCGUGCGCAGCAUCAACCACCCGGAAUGCCAAGGUCAGGGGCGCUCCCGGGGAGGGGAACCCGUCCAGGAAACCUCCACGGCACCGUUCGAUAGAGGCAAACGCCGCCCCAUUAUCCUCUCUGGCCCUGAAGGAUGUCCGGGAAACCGCUCCGAGUGAUGCGUGUUCUCCUGUAUCUGGAAGCAGUAAAACGGAUGUUGCGGUCACUCCUUCCGGCGAGGACCCGGCUUCGAAAGAAGCGAGCGGAGAGGACGAGGACUUGUUUCUGACCCAGAGAGACCCGGUGCCCAUGGAGCUGUGUUCGCAAACGGAGACCCCUCCGAUCCUUUCUUUGCAGACCGAAAAGGGCCACCCGGAGCCUCCGGAGCACGUCUUCACCAAACCCCUCCUGCCGGCCAAGCCCUCCACCACCAAGAUCUUCAGCUCCGCUUCCUCUUCGCGGACGGCGCACCUCUCCAAGGCGCUCCAGAGCGCCGCCAAGCCCCCCACGGUCCCCCGGAGCAAAGCGGCGGCCGUCCUUCGCACCUCGGAGGCCCCAAAGCCCAAGGUCCCGAGGAGCGUCCUUCAGCCCCAGAACCAGAACGGCCUCCUUCCGCAGUACAGCGGGCGGACGAUGCCACCCGUCGCCGCCGUGGCCCCUCGGCCAGACCCUCGGCAGAAGAACGGCAACGGCGGCGGCAGCAUCCAGUACCGGGACCACAGCCUUUUAGUCAAAGAGGUCCUGAAGUGGAGCUACGACAUGUUCGCCAACAUCAAUCAGCUGGGGCCGCCGGACCACCUCCUCCGCUCGGUGGUGGCCCCUGUCCCGCUCCGCUUCCGGGAUUACAACGAGUACUUCGACACCUUCUUCCCUCUGAUGAUGCUGAACGCCUUUGAAGAGGCGGCCCAGGAGUGGCAGGAGAACCAGAAGGCCAAGGAGCAGAAGCCGUUCUGCCUGAGUUUGCUGAACUUCAAUGCGGACAUGAAGAAAGCGGAUUUCAUAGUGCACAUUCCCCAGAGCGACCUGGUCCGUCAGCUGCACCCGAAGGAGGACGACCUGGUCUUCCUGGAGGUCUCGGAGAAGCCUUCCUUUGGCGAGGAGGAGGAGCCGGAGGAGCCGGGCGCCAACCCCGUGCGCUUCGUGGGCCUCGUGACCCGCUUCUCGCAGCCCCCGCCGGCCCCCAACCCCGGAGGACGGAGCGAGCGGGCGGCGGUGUGCCACCUCUCGGUCCAGACGCAGGCCGACCUCUCUCGCGCGGACAAGCGGCUGCGGUGCCUGGUGGGCAGCUCCCUGGUGACCACGCAGCGGCGCUUCCGGGCCCUGCUCCUCCUCAACCGCAGCCCCCUGGCCAAGGCCCUGCUCAGCCCCAGCCCGGAUGACUUCCGCCCGCGGGCCUGCCUCAGCCCCGAACCGGCCGCCUCUUCCGGGAGGGAGUUCAACGAGGAGCAGCGCCAGGCCAUCGAGGUGGCCUUCUCCAUGGUGACGCAGCACCCCACGCUGCCCAAGGUCUGCCUGGUCCACGGCCCACCCGGGACGGGCAAGUCCAAGGCCAUCGUCGGCCUCCUCCACUGCAUCCUCAGCCAGAGGCCUGGGAAGGAGAACCCGCCGCAGAGCCUGAACGCCAAGAUCAAGCGGAACCGGGUCCUGAUCUGCGCCCCGUCCAACGCCGCCGUGGAUGACCUGAUGAAGAAGAUCAUCCUGGAGUUCAAGGAGAAGUGCCAGGACAAGAACAACCCCAAGGGAAACUGUGGGGACAUCAACUUGGUGCGUCUGGGGCAGCAGAAGUCGAUAAGCAAAGAUGUCCGCCGGUUCAGCCUGAAUGACCAGAUUGACCACAGAAUCAGCAAGGCCACGCUGGGCAAAGACCAAGACCUCCAGAAGCGGAAGGAAGACCUGGACCGGCGGCUGGACCUGCUCUCGCGCGAACGGGCCAUUUACCGCAGUGAGAAGAGAGAGAAGAUGCAACCGCUGGAUGACGAGAUCUGCCGCCUGUCCCAGGAGAGGCAGCGCCUGGCUUCCCAGCUGAAGGAGGUGCGUGGUCGCUCUCAGGAGCUGAAGGCCAGCGUGAUCCUGGAGUCGCACGUGGUGUGCUGCACGCUCAGCACCAGUGGAGGGGGGCUGCUGGAGUCGGCCUUCCGGAGGCUGGGCGGGGACCCCGUCAGCUGCGUCAUCGUGGAUGAGGCAGGGCAGACCUGUGAGGUGGAGACCCUCAUCCCGCUGAUCCACGGCUGCAAAAAGCUGGUCCUGGUGGGAGACCCCAAGCAGCUCCCUCCCACCGUCAAGUCCAUGAAGGCGCAGGACUUCCACUUUGACCAGGCGCUGAUGAGCCGCCUGUGCCGCCUGCUGGAGGGUCCCGAGGAGGGGGCGGGGGUGCCGGCGGAGCCCCUGGGACCCCGGAGGAGCCCCGUCCUGCGCCUGAGCACCCAGUACCGCAUGCACCCCGAGAUCUGCCUCUUCCCCGCCAAGUACAUCUACGGAGGGGCCCUCUUCACAGACAGACAAACGGCCGAGAACCGCUUCUCCCUGGAGUGGCCCUUCCAGCCCUACCUGCUCUUUGACGUUCUGGACGGGAAGGAAGAGCGAGACAGCGACUCCUACUCGAAUCCGGCGGAGGUGCGGCUGGUGAUUGAGCUCAUGAAGCUGAUCAAGGAGAAGCGCUGGGACCUGGGCUUCCGACACGUGGGCAUCAUCACCCCCUACAACGCACAGAAGCGCAGGAUACGCAAACAGCUGGACGCAGAGUUCGGAGAAAAUAGUGCCAGCGAAGUGGACACGGUGGACGGGUUCCAGGGCCGCGAGAAGGACUGCGUCAUCGUGACCUGCGUCCGGGCCAACAGCACCCAGGGCUCCAUCGGUUUCCUGCGGAGCCUCCAGCGCCUGAACGUGACCAUCACUCGGGCCAAGUUCAGCCUCUUCAUCCUGGGGAAGCUCAAGACCCUCAUGGAGAACAAGGACUGGAACGAGUUGAUCCAAGACGCCCAGAAGCGGGGCAACAUUGUCCAGACGUCCAGCGGGAGCUACAAGAGCAGCGCCUUGAAGAUCCUCAAGUCCCGGCCGCUGCCCCCGACAACGACGACGACGAAGGGGCCCAAGAAGGCGGCACCGAGGGCGCCGGCGGAAGCGAAGCCCCCUGCGCAAGGGGAGCCGGCCACGGCGGAACGGAGACCCCCUGCGCCCGGGGAGCCGUCCUCGUCCUCGUCCUGUAAGAAGCCGCCUCUUCCUCUUCCUCUCCCGGAAGCGAGUCGGCCCAAGGACCCGCGCCUGGCCAGGAGGGCCGUGUCGGGGGGCGUAGACCCCCGCCCUGUGCCCCACGGCGCACACCCCUCCCCCUCGAACCCCGAAGCGGUCGCCAAGGCCUUCCUGGCCCACCUGCACGAGUGGACUUUGGCCCGAGGAGAGCCCCCUCCGCCCCUGCCCCCCGAAGCCCCCCCCCAGGCCAAGGAGAUCCCCUCCAACGGCCGCCGGGCCUCCGGGGAGCGGCUGGAUGGCCCGGUCGACAGCAAGCGUAGGCGCACCACCUGCUAGACCCGGAAGCUCGGGGCUACGCGUCUUCCUCCUCCUCCUCCUCCGUCUUCCUUUGGGGACUUGUUUUAUACAGCCUAGGCUCGUUUGGAGUUAUUAUGUAUAUUUGUAUAGCAGAAAUUUUAUUUUUUAAAGAGCUGACGUGGGCCGCUUCCUCCUCUUCAUACCUCAUUAUUAUCCCCUGCGGUCAGACUCACACGCCGUUGUCGCCUUGGCUGCGGGUGUGGUAGGUCCUCCACCCGGCCAUUGGCUUCUUUGCUGCCUUUUGGGGUGCCUUCGCCGGCCUCCGUUUCCCAGCUGCCUGUUGGGCCCAUAACCUACUUGGGCUUUGCGGUUUCUCCCGUUGCAGCCAUCUUCACCUCGUUCUCCACCUCGUUGGAGGCGUUGCUUGUUCAUGCGCCCGUUUGUUGGCUCCUGUUUUGAUACUGGAGCGAUCCCGGUUUAUAUAUAUAUAUACACACACAAAUAGGUCAGUAUUUCUUUCAAUAAAAUACAAAAACUCAAGGCCA